CCAUUAUUUAGAGGAUUUGCACUUUCAUCUUUCUGCCAGCUAAAAUUGAAGGGCAACGCAUACAUGAUUUUUAAAAUACACACGUGUGUGUGCACAUAUAUUCCUUUGCUGUGUAAACUUUCCUAGUCGAUUGCUUCCUUAAGCAGAUUGUGGUGGUAAGUAUUCAAAUACGGCUCCUUUACCUAUGCAGGUAUAUGGUCACACAGUCAUGACGUACUGAUUGGUAUUUCUUUAUUGUUUUGGAUGCUGUUGGUAUAUUUUGUGGAAAAAAAUCUUGUUAAGCUCAGAUCCUUCCAAGAAGAUACAUAGUAGAGGGAGGGGACUUGAACCUAGGAAGAGGAAAUACAGAAAGAGAAAAGUACAGGGGAGGGGGAGCAAGAGAUGGAAAGUUGGCCCAUAAAAAAUGUGUCCCUUCAGUUAAAGUGAGCAGAAAUCACCCACCUGGCUAACUUGUGAAAACUAGUAAGGGUGCUGAGCACUAGCUCCAGUUCACUGGGGUGUUCAGUAGAAGUAGCACACUUGUAACUUAGCUGAGCUCUGGAUUACACUUACUUUCUGCUCCCAUAGGCUAGUGGUUCUCAAGUUCUAGUUCUACAGAUUAUCUGUACUCUGAGAUUCUGAUUCAGUAGGUUUUAGGUAGGGCUUGGGAAGAUACUUUUAACAGGCUCCUUGGCUAAUUCUCACGCAGGUGUUCUGCAUUAGAGAGACAUUGCCCUAGGUUAUCAUGUUUUGGUGAGUAUUUAGUAAAUCUAAGAGUCAAACAUAUGGUAAGGAUAUGCAUAUUAUGCGGCUGCUGAGAAAAUGCUUCUAACCCGUUGGUUUUCUAAAGUGGGAGAUUCCUGAGCUGAGUUUUAAAGGCGGAGAAAGAUGCAGUCAGGUGAAAAUGAUGGCUUGAAGGAUGUCUCAGGCCUUGGACCUGAUGAGCAGAGGCACAGAUGUGACAAAUAGCAUGUGUAUUCAGGCCCAGUCUCUAGAGAGUUGAGUGGAAACCAAAUGGUAAGAUGAAAGAGUGAGACUGAGGUCACAGCAAGAACCUUGGACUUCUAUAGUGUAAGGAUUUGAAGGGAGGAGGGGCAGGGAGCAAUGGAGAGCAAAGUAGAUUUGCAAUUUAGUUAGAUUCCUAGUGACUGAAAGAGAUGAACACAAGGACAGUAAGAUGGUAAAGCCACAUCAAAUCACUAGGAGUUCUAGAAAUCAAAGCAGCACAUAGUGGUUUGAAAAUUUUUUGUUAGCUGUUUUCACUGUAACAGUUUGCAUUUCAGAGGAACUUGGACAGAACAGUCAUUGCAGAAAUGUGGAAAGAGUAUAGGCUUGCCUUCUGAGUAACAGAUGCUCCACGCAGUACAUAAUUGGUGUUCAAAACGACCCACUGAGGUUCGUUAGGUGACACAAGUGUACGUCUCUCAUCCCAAAAGUCACCAUAAAGGGGAUCUCUAAUGUUUGUGUUUGGGGUUGAUGAGAACCAGAAAAAUGUACCAUCUGCAGGUCUAUCGUCAUACUCAAAGUCUAAAAGAGGGCAUGUCUUCUUUUAAAACGUAAUCUUCAUGAGAAGAGGGGGCUUGUCUGUCACAAAAUGGGCACUGGGUAAUAAUUAAUGGACAGAUUAAUAUCCCCAGAAAAUGCCAUGUGUGCAGCAUAGAUAUAGGCCGGGACUUCAACAUUGCCUGUUUCUGCAAAGUGCUCUGGAAGUCUUAGUUUUUUCUAACGUAAAAAAGUUUUGUCAGAUAUAUGCCCUAAUGAUGGUAUUUAACGGUUGAUUUACAGUGAUUCUUGUUGCUUUUUAAACAUGUGGAAAUGGGUCACAGCGAAGACUGCUUGGAAUCUGAUCAUCGUGACUGUGGUGGUAUUUAAUGGCCAGCACAAAUAAGAGCCUGAAUGGGUAAAAAAGCAGAGAGGGUAUUUUAAGGAAGUCAGCGUUCCUUUACUAGGGUAAAACGGAGUUGAAGUUACACACAGCCCUCGUCGACUUGCACCCUGCCGCUGACGGUGUGGUCUGCGGAGGAAACAUGGUGCCUGAGGUAUUGCAAGAACCGGAAUUACGAAGAAACAGGCUCAGGAUCAAUGCCAAACUCUCUUUCGGCAGGCGAGUUUCUCAAGAGAAGUACUGUGCUGCGUGAUAUUAUUGUACCAGUGUGUGUUGUGUACGCCGUGGCAGAAAUUAUUCUUCAAAAAGGCGACUAGAGAGCAACAGAUUUGGGGGCGGGGGGAGAGUAGUGUGAUGCCGUGACAGCAAGAUAGAACUGCCGUAAAUCUAUUUUUCUUUCCUUCUAAGCCAGCUGCUCUUUGAGAUCGAGGGAUCCAGAGUGGAGAGGCCGUUGACUCGACUGACUCCCGUUUGGGAAUGUCCGUUUCCUACGCGGGUUUGUAUUCGCCCGGGAAACGCAAACCACGCCUCCCUACUCUGCUCAGAGUGCAGGCCUUUGUCUCUUUCGGCUCCCCAUUGGCUGGGACGGCCGAGGCCCCGCCUCCUCCCGCGGCCGUCGGGAGCCUACAGCGAGAGGGCGGGGCUUUGUGACGCAGGCCUGACGUCCCCCACCCCAGGGGUAUAAAGGACCUGCCGGAGCUCGAGCUCCUGCAGGAGCCGCCGGCAAGGGGGCGGAGAGGACGCUGUUUAGAGCGUAGCCGGAAAGGAGAAGUUGAGAUUACAGACAUCCUGCCAGAAUGAUUUCUUCAAAGCCCAGACUUGUCAUACCUUAUGGCCUCAAGACUCUGCUUGAGGGAGUUAGCAGAGCCAUACUGAAAACCAGUCCACCAAACAUCACCCAGUUUGCAGCAAUCUAUUUCAAAGAGCUUAUUGUGUUUAGAGAAGGAAAUAGUUGUCUGGAUAUAAAAGAUCUGGUUAAACAAUUUCAUCAGAUUAAAGUGGAGAAGUGGUCAGAAGGAACGUCACAAGAGAAGAAACCAGAAUGUGUGAAAGAGUUAGGAAGAACAUCUGCAGUUUCCCAAGAACCUAGACGGAUGGAAAAAUCUACGGACACAGAGGAGGACAACAUAACUGCACUGCUGUUUAGCAACAAAACCACUCAGUUCCCAUCAGUUCAUGCUAAGCUGCUGUCAGAGCCUGAGGAUGCAACUGAAGUGGUUUGUGGUCCUUCGAAACCGACCACCCCUAAGAAUGCUACCCCACCCUCAUCACCAUUGCCAGCAGCUGUCUCAGCCGAGUUUGCCUAUGUCCCUGCUGACCCAGCUCAGUUUGCUGCCCAGAUGUUAGCAAUAGCAGCAAGCGAAGCAGGACAACCACCACCAUAUUCUAACAUGUGGACCCUUUAUUGUCUAACCGAUAUGAAUCAACAAAGUCGCCCAUCACCGCCACCUGCACCUGGGCCUUUCCCCCAAGCAACCCUCUAUUUAUCUAAUUCUAAGGAUCCACAGUUUCUGCAGCACCCACCGAAAGUUACUUCUCCAACUUAUGUGAUGAUGGAUGACAGCAAGACGACCCGUGCCCCGCCUUUUAUUUUAGUGGGCUCAAAUGUUCAGGAGGCACAGGAUUGGAAGCCUGUUCCUGGACAUGCUGUUGUUUCCCAGUCAGAUGCCUUGAAGAGAUAUGCUGCAGUGCAAGUACCCAUUGCUGUUCCUGCAGAUCAGAAAUUCCAGAAACACACCCCCAACCCACAGAAUGCUAGUCCUCCUACAAGUGGACAAGAUGUCCCCAGACCACAAAGCCCAGUUUUUCUUUCUGUUGCUUUCCCGGUAGAAGAUGUAGCCAAAAAAGGUUCAGGAUCUGGUGACAAACGUACUCCCUUUGGAAGUUACGGUAUUGCUGGAGAAAUAACCGUGACUACUGCCAAUGUUCGCAGAGCAGAAACUUAAAAGUGGCAGAUGCCGAAAAUGACAUUGUUUGAGUCGACGUUCAAGGUGGAGUCUGCCACCAAGCGUAAUAUAUCAAUAAACUUCAUGCAAG